AUGCAGGACAGGCGACCGUCCUCGCCCGCCGUCGACGGCGCAGAGUCGCCCCCGACAGCGACGCCGGGUCCUCGAAACCAAUUCGACCUCGCAGCGUUCCGCAAGUACCUCGGCCAGCUGCUGCCACUGCUCAUCGAAGCCGAACCAGCCGACCUCGAGUCCCUGUUCGAGCGGAGCGACUUCAGCGAGCGGGCCACACGCUGGGCGAACGAUCCGAAUGCGGGGGUUUUGUACGUGGUGAAGCAGAGGGAGGAGCGGGAUGCGGACGAGCAGCAAGACGACUCCCUCCCCGACACCUUCACCUACUCGCUCACUUCCUCACUCUCCUACUCUCCCCUCCAGUCUGCCACUCUCGCCCUCAUCAAGCACGCCCCCAUCCUCGACAGCUCCCUCCCCCUUGCCUCGCAACUCCACUUCCUCAACCUCUUCGGACCCGCUUCGUCCUCCUCCGGCUCGAACGCACUCGCUGCAGGCGCCUCAGCCGGCAGCGUCGUCUACGAGGGGCUUCAUCGUCUCGUGCACUACGGCGUUGCACCCGCGUUCGAGGCGUACGUCGAGAGCAAGGCAAGGAAGGAUGCGGCGGGACGAGCGGUGGAGGACUCGAAGGAUGCGGAUGUCAAGAUGGGCAUCCCGAUGACCAAGAAGAAGUUCGCCGAGCUCGAACUGUCUCUCUUGCACCUCCAGCAGAACGUCGAGAUCCCCGACAUCGUCCUCGCCGUUCACCCCGUCGUCGCGGCAGCCGUCUCGCAAGCCGAAGCAGCCGGCAUCCGCCCUUCCGUCGACCUCAUCGACUCGGCCCUCUUCAGCGACUCCGCCUUCCUCAACAAACUUCAAAGCGAAGUCAACAACUGGGUGAAGGAGGUCCAGAAGGUUACCAAGAUCUCGCGCGACGUUGCGAGCGGGACAGCGAGUCAGGAGGUCAACUUCUGGCUCAGCAUGGAGAAGGCGCUCGAGGGGAUCGAGAAGCAGCUCAAGAGCGAACCGGUCCAGCUCUCGCUCGACAUCCUCAAGCACGCCAAGCGCUUCCACGCGACCGUUUCCUUCAUCGCCGACACAGGCCUGAACGACGCCUUCAAGACGGUCCAUGACUACAACGUCCUCAUGAAGGACUUUCCGCUCAACGAGCUCCUCGCGGCGACCGACUUGAACAAGAUCAAGGACAGCAUUAACCAGAUCUUCGUCCACGUCAACAAGAAGCUCAAGCUCUCGCCUUACCCCGUCCGCCGCAUCCUCCCGCUCGUCGAGGCCAUCUCGCGCGACCUCCAAACCCAGCUUCACAAGGUUCUCACCUCGCAGCGCCUCACCUACCUCGACUACCCGCUGUUCGAGCAGGCGAUGCGCGCAGCCGAAGGCGUCUUCCAAGCUUGGGACGAGUCCUUCAAGGAGUUCACCAACGUCGCGCGCGAAGUCACCCGCAAGCGCGGCGAGCGCUUCAUCCCGAUCAAGAUCGACCCCGGUCACGCCAAGUUGCAGGAGCGCGUCCUCUACUUCCGACACUUCCGCAAGCAGCACCACCAGCUGCAGGUUAUGGUCGGCCCGCUCGGAAGCGAGACGAAGCGGUCGACGGCGGUCAACGGCGACGGCACGAAGGAGAAUGGCGACGUCGAUGGCGAGCUGGCGAGGGAAUGGUCGAGUACGCUGGGCGACAUCGACAUGGAGGUCGAGGUGCGGCAGGCGUACGAAGGCAUCAAGGGCAUCGACGUCCUCGACGUCUCGGAUGACGGCACGCAGAUCUGGAUCGCAGCCGAGACGGGCUACAACGAGCGCGUCGCCCGUGUCGAGAACCACAUCAUCUCGCGCCUCCGCGACCGCCUCGGUGGCGCCAAGAACGCGAACGAGAUGUUCCGCGUCUUCUCCAAGUUCAACGCCUUGUUCGUGAGGCCGAAGAUCCGAGGCGCCAUCGCCGAGUACCAGUCGCAGCUCAUCGACUCGGUCAAGGACGACAUUCGCCGCCUCCAGGACAAGUUCAAGUCCGGCUACCAGUCGUCCGAGGCGUACCAGAUGUCGCAGCUGCGCGACCACCCGCCCAUCUCGGGCGCGAUCAUCUGGGCGCGACAGAUCGAGCGGCAGCUCUCCGGCUACAUGAAGCGCGUCGAGGACGUCCUCGGCACCGAGUGGUCGCACUACGCCGAUGGCCAGCGCCUCCAGACGGAAAGCCAAUCUUUCCGCGCCAAGCUCAGCACCCGCCCCAUCUACGACGCCUGGCUCGUCGACAUCAACCGCCGCAAUCUCCAGAUCUCGGGCCGCCUGUUCAACAUCACCAAGAGUCGCCAGCAGGCUGGCGCUCUCCAGCUCACCGUCAACUUCGACCCGCAGAUCAUCACGCUCUUCAAGGAGGUCCGCAAUCUGCUUUGGCUCGGCUUCCAGGUGCCGCACACGAUCUCGAACGUCGCCAAGGACGCCAAGCGUGUGUAUCCGUACGCCGUCAGCUUGAUGGAGACGGUUCGCACGUACUCGCAAACCAUCGCCAAGCUCGAGGCGAAUCCGGACAUCGCCCCGCUCGUCGCGACCUCGCACAAGAAGGCGCAGGAGCAGAUCGCCAAGGGCAUGAGCUACCGCUGGGACCAUUUCGUCAACACGUUCGACAACCGCUCCCUGCCCUACGCCGGCGCGUCCGACUCGUCCGGCAGCAAGCAUACGCACUGGGUCCGCGAAUUCGCGUCGAUCGUCUCCGAGUUUCAGGACCGCACCGACCACCUCAUCGCCCUCUGGGCCGACGUCAGCCGGACCGUCGACGAGCUGAGCACCUGCGCCUACACCCGCGACGCUUUCUCGACGCUCCUCGCCUCGCUGCAGAAGACGAUCGACACGCUCAAUCUCGAGGGUUACGCCAACCUCGACUCAUGGACUCUCGCGCUCGACAAGCGCGUCGAAGCGAAGCUCGUCGGCCGCAUCCGCGCCGUCAUCGAGCGGUGGUGCGGCGAAUUCUCCAAGGCGCCCGAAGCCCGCGCGGCCGACUCGAGCCGACCUGGCGCUUCGCGCAGGAAGGCGGCGGUGGCGCACGAAGACCAGCCUGAAGACGGCCUCGCCCUCGAGACGAUUCUCCACGAGGUCCGGAUCCAGAACCAGGUCAUCUAUCUCGACCCGCCGAUGGAGCAGGCUCGCGCGACGUGGUACCGCCAGCUGCAGACCUGGCUCGGCGUCGUCUGCGGCUUGACGCGGAUCCAGAGCUCGCGCUACGAGAUCGGCCUCAGCAUUCGCGCGGCGCAACCGGGCGCCCUCGACUACUCGACGCUCCUCGCGAGCCUGACGGACGGCACGCUCGAGCGACCGUUCGCGCUGGUCGAGGCGAAGCUCGAGGGAGUCGGCAGCUAUGUCGACAAGUGGCUGCAGUUCCAGUCUCUCUGGGACCUCGAAGCCGAGUACGUCUACUCGCAGCUCGGAGACCGCCUCUCCGCAUGGCAGCAACUCCUCCUCGAGAUCCGCAAGACUCGCUCGACCUUCGACAACUCGGAGACGCAGCGGUCGUUCGGCGUCGCCGUAAUCGACUACGAGCAGGUCCAGAGCAAGGUCAACGCCAAGUAUGACGCCUGGCAGCGCGACCUCCUCUCGCGCUUCGGCGGCAAGCUCGGCGUCGCCAUGAAGGAGACGCACGCCGCAGUCGCCAAGGCUCGCCACGACCUCGAGCAGCACUCGAUCGAGACGUCCUCGACUGCCGCAACCGUCGCCUUCAUCACCUUCGUCCAGGACGUCAAGCGCAAGCUCAGGCAGUGGGCGCCCGAGAUCGAGAUCUUCAGCAGCGGGCAGAAGACGCUCGAGCGGCAGCGCUACCAGUUCCCGUCGGAUUGGCUCUACCUCGACCAGGUCGAGAACGAGUGGAGCGCGUUCAACGAGAUCCUCAAGCGCAAGGACGCGUCGAUCCAGGAGCAGCUCGCAGGCCUACAGCUCAAGGUCGUCGCGGAGGACAAAGUCCUCCAAGGCCGCAUCGAGGAGACCGUCGCCGAUUGGGACGCGAACAAGCCCAUUCAGGGCUCGCUCAAGGCCGAGGCCGCGAUGAACGCCAUCGGCGUCUUUGAAGGCCGCGUCAACCGGCUCAAGGAGCAGCACGACAUGCUGUCGCGCGCCAAACAGUCGCUCGAUCUCGAAGCGACGAAGGAUGAUCGUCUCGAGCCGGUACUCGAGGAGAUUCGCGAUCUCAAGGCUGUCUGGACGGCUCUUUUGGGCGUCUGGGCGCAGGUUGCAGAGUUGCGCGACACCGCAUGGCAGUCCGUGCAGCCACGCAAGGUUCGCCAGCAGCUUGACGGCCUCCUCGCUUCGACCCGCGAGAUGCCCAGCAAGAUGCGCCAAUACGCCGCUUUCGAGUUCGUCCAGGAGUCGCUGCGCGGAUACCUCAAGUCGAACUCGCUCGUUGCCGACCUCAAGUCCGAGGCGCUUCGCGAGCGACACUGGCGACAGCUGUACAAGUCGCUCCGCGUCGCCGGCCACUACUCGCCUUCGACGAUGACCCUCGGCACCGUCUGGGAUCUCGACCUCAAGCGCAACGAGACCGCCAUCCGCGACGUCAUCGUGCAGGCGCAGGGCGAGAUGGCCCUCGAGGAGUUCCUCAAGCAGGUCAAGGAGACUUGGACCGGCUACGCGCUCGACCUCGUCAACUACCAGAACAAGACGCGCCUCAUCCGAGGCUGGGACGACCUCUUUGCCAAGUGCGGCGAGAACGUCAACUCGUUGAACGCCAUGAAGCUUUCGCCGUACUAUCGCGUCUUCGAGGAAGAGGCGUCGGCUUGGGAGGACCGCCUCAACCGCAUCCACCUCCUCUUCGACGUCUGGAUCGACGUUCAGCGUCAAUGGGUCUACCUUGAAGGCAUCUUCUCCGACAGCACCGACAUCAAGCACCUGCUCCCCGUCGAGUCGCAGCGCUUCAGCAACAUCAACGCCGAGUUCCUGGCGGUCAUGAAGAAGGUCUUCAAGUCGCCGCUCGUCCUCGACGUGCUCAACAUCCCGGGCGCGCAGAAGAGCCUCGAGCGACUCGCAGAUCUUCUCUCCAAGAUUCAGAAGGCUCUCGGCGAGUACCUCGAACGCGAGCGCUCGUCAUUCCCUCGCUUCUACUUUGUCGGCGACGAGGAUCUGCUCGAGAUCAUCGGUAACAGCAAGGAUAUUCUCCGCGUCAGCAAGUUCCUCAAGAAGAUGUUCGCCGGUCUCUCGUCCCUCAAGCUGGACGAGGAACUGUCUCGAAUCGACGGAAUGGUCUCGCGCGAAGGCGAAGAAGUGCCCUUCUCCACGCCUAUCGUCCUCGCCGAAUACCCUCGCAUCAACGACUGGCUCGCGCGCCUCGAAUCGGAGAUGAAGACUUCGCUCGCUCAGCUCCUCGCCAGGUCUUACGCCGAUCUCGUCGCCUUCUACGCCGAUCCCGCUGGGCUGGACGGUACUCGCUUUCUCGCGUGGAUCGAGGGAACGCCCGCUCAGCUCGUCGUCCUCGCCAUUCAGAUCGCGUGGACGGAUGGCGUUGAGUCUGCGUUGCAGGCGGGGGGCGCGCUCGAUCGGCCUCUGUCCGUUAUCCUCCGCAGCCUCGAGGUCCUUGCCGACGCCGUCCUCGGAGACUUGCAGCCCAUUCAACGGCGCAAGUGCGAGCACCUCAUCACCGAGCUCGUCCACGAGCGCGAUGUCGUCCGUCGCCUUGCCCAGGAUAGCGUUCAGUCCGCAGCCGACUUCGCCUGGCUCUACCACAUGCGCUUCUACCUCGACGUCGGCAAGGAGAACGUCCUCGGGCAGUUGCAGGUCAAGAUGGCGAGCGCGUCCUUCUUCUACGGCUACGAGUACCUCGGCGUGCCCGACCGCCUCGUCCAGACACCCCUCACCGACCGCUGUUACCUCACUCUGACCCAAGCCCUCGACUCUCGCCUCGGCGGAUCGCCCUUCGGACCGGCCGGUACAGGCAAGACGGAGUCGGUCAAGGCGCUUGGCGUCGCGCUCGGUCGCCUCGUCCUCGUCUUCUGCUGCGACGAGACCUUCGACUUCCAGGCGAUGGGGCGCAUCUUCGUCGGUUUGUGCCAGGUCGGCGCGUGGGGAUGCUUCGACGAGUUCAACCGUCUCGAAGAGCGCAUCCUCAGUGCGGUCUCGCAACAGAUUCAGAGCAUCCAGCUUGGUCUCGGCGAGACGGUCGCCAGCCCCAGCCACGAGAUCGAGCUCGUCGGUCGCCAGCUCCGCAUCAACCCCGACACCGGCAUCUUCAUCACGAUGAACCCGGGAUACGCCGGCCGCUCGAACCUGCCCGACAACCUCAAGAAGCUCUUCCGCAGCAUCGCCAUGACCCGCCCCGACCGCGAGCUCAUCGCGCAGGUCAUGCUCUUCUCGCAAGGCUUCCGAACGGCGGAGAAGCUUGCGUCAAAGGUCGUCCCCUUCUUCAACCUCUGCGCCGAGCAACUCUCCUCGCAGCCGCACUACGACUUUGGCCUGCGCGCCCUCAAGGCCGUCCUGGUCAGUGCGGGUCACCUCAAGCGCGCUCGCCUGCAGGCCGCCGCCGAUGCCAACGGCAGCGAUUCAGUCGACAUCUCGGAGCAGGAGAUCGUCAUCCAGUCGGUCACCGAGACGAUCGUGCCCAAGUUGGUCGCCGAGGAUGUUCCGCUCUUGACAAGCCUCCUCGCCGACGUCUUCCCAGGCAUCGACUACGUUCCUGUCGACCUCGACGAUCUGAAGAAGCACAUCCUCGACGUCUGCAAGGAGCGGAACCUCGUCGCGGGCGAUGUCUGGCUGCAGAAGGUCGUCCAGCUCUACCAGAUUCAGAACAUACAGCACGGUCUGAUGAUGGUUGGGCCGUCGGCGACUGGCAAGACUUCGGCGUGGCGGGUCCUCCUCGCGGCGCUGGAGCGCCUGACGGGCAUCGAGGGCGUCUCCUACGUCAUCGACCCCAAGGCCAUCGCCAAGGACGCGCUGUACGGCACCCUCGACCCGACCACGCGCGAGUGGAACGACGGCCUCUUCACGCACAUCCUCCGCAAGAUCGUCGACGACGUCCGCGCGGAAAGCUCGAAGCGCCACUGGAUCAUCUUUGACGGCGACGUCGACCCCGAGUGGGUGGAGAAUCUCAACUCCGUCCUCGACGACAACAAGCUCUUGACGCUGCCGAACGGAGAGCGCCUCAAUCUGCCGCCCAACGUCCGCAUCAUGUUCGAGGUCGAGUCGCUCAAAUACGCGACUCUCGCCACAGUCAGUCGCUGCGGCAUGGUCUGGUUCAGCGACGACGCCGUCUCGCCCGACAUGCUCUGCCGCAACUACCUCGAUACAACGCGCUCAACUCCGCUCGAUGUCGCCGACGAGGAUGCGAGCUUCUCCCGCCAGACUCAGGGCGACGGCGACGAGGUCUCGGCGGUGCUGUCGACUCAGCAGCUCGUCGCCGCCAAGCUCGAGCCCUUCUUCGAGCGCGACGGCCUCGUCGCAAAUGCACUCGCUUUUGCCGCCGGCGUCGAUCACAUCAUGGACUUUACCCCGAGCCGCGCCCUUACAACGCUCUUCUCGCUCCUCAACAAGUCGAUCCGCACCAUCGCCGAGUACAACGCCCAGCACCCCGACUUCCCUCUGCAGGGCGACUCGGUCGAGGCGUACACUCUCAAGCGGCUCUUGCUCGGUCUCGUCUGGGCUUUCACCGGCGAUUCGAAGCUCGACACCCGUGCCAAGAUGGGCGACUUCCUGCGCAACCAGUCCGGUCUCGACUUCCCGCCUCUCGGUCCUGGCGGCUCGCUCAUCGACUUCGACGUCCAAGUCUCGACAGGCGACUGGGUAUCGUGGCAGGACUCAGUUCCGACGAUUGAGGUCGAGACGCAGGCCGUGACCUCGCCCGACGUCGUCAUCCCGACGAUGGACACGGCUCGACACGAGGAAGUCCUCUACUCGUGGUUGUCGGAGCAUCGCCCGCUCCUCCUCUGCGGUCCUCCAGGCUCCGGCAAGACGAUGACGCUCUUCAGCGCUCUUCGCAAGCUGCCGGAUCUCGAAGUCGUCGGUCUCAACUUCUCGUCCGCGACCACGCCCGACCUCAUCCUCAAGACGUUCGAGCAGCACUGCGAGUACCGCAAGACGCCGAACGGCGUCGUGCUCGCGCCGACGCAGAUCGGACGCUGGCUCGUCCUCUUCUGCGACGAGAUCAACCUGCCGGCGACCGACCAGUACGGCACGCAGAAGGUCAUCUCGUUCCUGCGCCAGCUCGUCGAGCAGAACGGGUUCUGGCGAACGACCGACAAGGCGUGGGUCCGGCUCGAGAACAUCCAGAUCGUCGGCGCAUGCAACCCGCCAACCGACCCCGGUCGUGUACCCCUUACCCAUCGCUUCCUUCGCCACGCACCGCUCGUCAUGGUCGACUACCCCGGCGAAGCCUCGCUCAAGCAGAUCUACGGCACCUUCACGCGCGCCCUGCUCAAGGUCGUCCCGCCAUUGCGAGGUUUCGCUGCGCCGUUGACGGACGCCAUGGUCGACUUCUACCUCGCCUCGCAGGCUCGCUUUACGACAGACGCUCAGGCGCAUUACGUCUACUCGCCGCGCGAGUUGACCCGCUGGACGCGCGGUAUCUACGAGGCGAUCAAGCCGCUCGAUGCCUUGUCCGUCGAGGGUCUUGUCCGCGUCUGGGCGCACGAGGCGCUCCGGCUCUUUCAAGAUCGCCUCGUUACCGAAGACGAGCGCAAAUGGACGGACGACAAGAUCGACGAGAUCGCGCUCGCCCACUUCCCGACCAUCAACCGCGACGAGGCGCUCGCCCGGCCAAUCCUCUACUCGAACUGGCUGUCGAAGCAUUACGUGCCAGUCGACCGUGAAGAGCUCCGCGAGUACGCCAAGGCUCGUCUUCGCGUCUUCUACGAGGAGGAGCUCGAUGUUCCCCUCGUCCUCUUCAACGACGUCCUCGACCACGUCCUCCGCAUCGACCGCGUCUUCCGCCAGGUUCAGGGCCACUUGCUCCUCAUCGGAACCACGCUCUCCCGCUUCGUCGCGUGGAUGAACGGCCUUUCUGUCUUCCAGAUCAAGGUUCACAACAAGUACACCGGCGACGAUUUCGACGACGACCUUCGAGCCGUUCUCCGCCGCGCCGGGUGCAAAGGCGAGAAGAUCGCCUUCAUCAUGGACGAGUCAAAUGUCCUCGACUCCGGCUUCCUCGAGCGCAUGAACACGCUGCUCGCCAACGCCGAGAUCCCCGGUCUCUUCGAAGGCGACGAGCACGCCUCGCUCAUGACGGCCUGCAAGGAGGGCGCGCAGCGCGACGGCUUGAUGCUCGACUCCCACGAUGAGCUGUACCGGUGGUUCACGUCGCAGGUCGCACGCAACCUGCACGUUGUCUUCACCAUGAAUCCGCCUUCCGGCGGCCUCGCCUCCCGCGCCGCAACCUCGCCCGCUCUCUUCAACCGCUGCGUCCUCGACUGGUUCGGUGACUGGUCCGACCAGGCGUUCUACCAAGUCGGCCUCGAGUUCACCAACACGCUCGAUCUCGAUGCAGCCGGCUACACCGCUCCCGCGAACUUCCCUAUCGCCUACCGUCAGCUCUCGAUUCCGCCCGUCCACCGCACCGCGGUCGUCAAUGCCCUCGUCCACGUCCACCAGUCAAUGUACGAGUCGAAUGCAAGGCUCGCCCGCCGCCAAGGCCGCGUCAAUCACGCCACGCCGCGGCACUAUCUCGACUUCGUCAACCAGUACGUGCGGCUAUUCAACGAGAAGCGCGACGAGCUCGAGGAGCAGCAGCGCCACCUCAACGUCGGCCUCGACAAGCUCCGCGAGACGGUCGUCCAGGUCGAAGAUCUCCGCAAGAGCCUCGCAGUCAAACGCACCCAGCUCGAAGCGAAGAACGCCGAGGCGAACGACAAGCUCAAGCGGAUGGUUGCCGACCAGCAGGACGCCGAGCAGAAGAAGGUCGCAUCAAUCGAGAUGUCGACCGCGCUCGAGAAGCAGAAGCAUGCGAUUGCCGAGCGUCGCGAGAUCGUCAUGGGCGAGCUCGCGGACGCCGAGCCCGCCGUCGAGGACGCCCAGGCGGCCGUCAGCAACAUCAAGAAGCAGCAGCUGACGGAGGUCCGCUCGAUGGCGAACCCUCCCGAAGCCGUCAAGCUGUCGAUGGAGGCCGUCUGCAUCCUCCUCGGCCACCGCAUCGAGGGCUGGAAGUCCGUCCAAGCCGUCCUCCGCUCCGAUUCGUUCAUCGCCAGCAUCGUCAAUUUCGACACGGCGCACAUGAUGACCCGCCAGCUUCGCGACAAGAUGCGCAACGACUACCUCUCGCGGCCGUCCUUCAACUUCGAGACCGUCAACCGCGCCUCAAAGGCCUGCGGACCGCUCGUCAAGUGGGUCAUCGCGCAGGUCAACUACUCGAGCAUCCUCGACAAGGUCGGCCCGCUGCGUGAAGAGGUACAGAUGCUCGAGGACCAGGCCGAGACAACGAUGCACCAAGCUUCCGCCCUCUCGAGCAUGAUCUCCGAGCUCGAAGCCCGCAUCGCCGCCUACAAGGACGAGUACGCCGCCCUCAUCAGCGAGACGCAGGCGAUCAAGUCCGAGAUGGAAAAGGUUCAGACUCGCGUCGACCGCUCCGUCAAACUUCUCGACAGCCUGUCGUCGGAGAAGUCGCGUUGGGAGGCAGGCAGCAAGACGUUUGAGGAGCAGAUGAGCACGGUUGCAGGCGAUGUCCUCCUCUCGGCCGCUUUCCUCGCCUACGCCGGCUACUUCGACCAGUCCUACCGCCAGGCCAUGUGGCAGGGCUGGGCGAACCAUCUCAGCGACGCCGGCAUCGAGUACAAGCCCGAGCUGUCCCUGACGGAAUACCUCUCGACCGCCGACGAGCGUCUCGAAUGGCACAGCCGUGGUCUGCCGACCGACGAGCUCUGCGUCGAGAACGCCAUCAUGCUCAAGCGCUUCGACCGGUACCCGCUGGUGAUCGACCCGGCCGGGCAGGCGACCUCGUUCCUCCUCAACGAGUUCCGCGACCGCAAGAUCACGGUCACUUCCUUCCUCGACGAGGCGUUCCUCAAGAACCUCGAGAGCGCACUCCGCUUCGGCACGCCCAUUCUCAUACAGGACGUCGAGCAUCUCGACCCGAUCCUCAACGCCGUGCUCAACAAGGAGCUUCGCCGAGCGGGAGGUCGUGUCCUCAUCCGCCUCGGAAACCAGGACAUCGACUUUUCGCCUUCGUUCACGAUGUUCCUCGCAACGCGUGACCCGUCCGUGGAGUUCGCCGCCGACCUCAACUCGCGAGUCACGAUGGUCAAUUUCUCCAUCACUCGUGCGAGUCUGCAGACGCAGUCUCUCGCCCAGGUCCUCAAGGUCGAGCGAUCGGAGAUCGACCGCAAGCGUUCCGACCUCCUCCGCCUGCAGGGCGAGUUCCGCGCACGCCUGCACCAGCUCGAGAAGAGCCUGCUCGCCGCCCUCAACGAGUCGCAGGGCAACAUCCUCGAUGACGACAAGGUCAUCGAGACGCUCGAGACGCUGAAGAAGGAGGCGGCCGACAUCACGCGCAAGGUCGAGGAGACGGAGACGGUGAUGGCGGAAGUCGACGAGGUCACGAGCGAGUAUCUCCCGCUCGCCCAGGCGUGCAGCAGCGUCUUCUUCAUCCUCGACGACCUUCACCUCCUCAACCGAUUCUACCAGUUCUCUCUCCGGUUCUUCCUCGACAUCUUCGACUACGUCCUCCUCGACAACCCCUCGCUCAAGGGCGUCGCCGAAUCGCACGAACGUACCCGCAUCCUCUUCGACGAUCUCUUCACCCACGUCUUCCGCCGGACGUCUCGCGCUGUCCUGCACUCCGAUCACCUCACGCUCGCCGUCUUGCUCGCCCAGGUCAAGCUUCGCGGGCAAGGCGAGGAGCUCGACGAACAGGAGCUCAGCUUCCUCCUCGAAGGAGGCGAGACUACGGCUGCGACGUCGACCACGGCCAGCAUCGCGAUCCUCGACUCGACUGAGCAGCAGCGCCUGCAGGCGUUCGAGCGACUUGGCGUGUUCCGCGACGUCCGGUCGAACCUCGUCGAGCGCGAGGGAGACUGGCAGGCCUUCCUCGCCUCCCCCGCACCGGAGACCAUCGUCCCCCAGAUCUGGUCCGACCUCGAUCCAGUUCACGCGGCUUUGCGCAACGCCUUGAUCGUCAAGUGCUUCCGCCCCGACCGCCUCAUCCCCGCCCUCACCGCCUUCGUCGCUGUCGUCUUCAAGCGCGACUUGUUCGCCGAGACGACCUACGACCUCAGCGACAUGGUUCAGAACGAGGUCGCCGCAGCAUCGCCAGUCUGCCUCUGCUCUGUCGCAGGCUACGACGCCAGCUACCGCGUCGACAACCUCGUGGCUGCGACCUCGGCGCGGUGCGCGUCCAUCGCGAUGGGCUCGCAGGAAGGCUUCGCGCUCGCGGAUCAGGCGAUCGCAGCGGCCGCUCGCACCGGCAACUGGGUCCUCCUCAAGAAUGUCCACCUCGCGCCGACUUGGCUGAGCCAGCUCGAGAAGCGGCUGCAAAGCCUCAACCCGAAUCGCGCGUUCCGCCUCUUCCUGACGAUGGAGAUGAACCCCGCGAUUCCCGUCAACAUCUUGCGCCAGGGACGAGUCCUGAUGAACGAGCCACCGCCCGGCAUUCGCGCCAACAUCCUCGACUCGCUCCGGACGCUCAACCCUGCACGCCUCGCAAACGGCCCGGCAGAGAAGACGCGCCUCUACUUCCUCGUCGCCUGGUUCCACGCCGUCGUCCAGGAGCGGCUCCGGUACGUGCCUCUCGGCUGGUCCAAGGUCUUCGAGUUCAACGAUUCCGACCAAGACGCCGCGCUCAACACCAUCGACGCCUGGCUCUCGUCUGCCGCAAAGGGUCGUGCCAACAUUGACCCCGCCGCGAUCCCCUGGCAAGCUAUCCGCUCUCUCGUUCGCGAGACGGUCUACGGCGGCAAAAUCGACACCGAGUUCGACCAAUCCCUCCUCGACUCGUUCGUCGACACGCUCUUCUCGCCGCGCGCUUACGACGUCGACUUCGACUUGGUCUCGAGCGGCGAGAACGAGGCCGGCCUGAAGGUGCCAGACGCUGUCCACCUCGACCAGUUCCUCGAGUGGGCGGCGCAGCUCCCCGAGCAGGAGCCGCCUUCGUACCUCGCCCUUCCGCCGACUGCCGAGCGGGUCAUCGCAGCUGCACAAGCUUCGUCGCUCCUCGCCCGCCUCGUCAAGAUGCGUUCGCUCGACGACGACGAGACAGUCGGAGCAGACGUCAAGCGCGGCUCGACCUCGGCGCAACCGGCCUGGAUGCGCGUCCUCAAGAAGACUUGCCUCGAAUGGCUCGACGUGCUGCCCAGGGACUUGCCGGCUUUGCCUGCCGCCGAAGCGACCACCAGCGACCCGCUCGCCCGCUUCUUCGAGCGCGAGGUCUCGCUGUCGCGUUCGCUCGUGCCAAGCAUCCGGACCGACCUCGAGAACCUGGUCAGGGUGUGCGACGGCGAGCUCAAGCAGACGAAUGCCAUCAGGUCCCUCCUCUCCGACCUCAACAAGGGCACCGUUCCUGGGACAUGGAAGCGCUACCGCUGCCGCGACUUGCCCGCCAGCGUCUGGAUCGCCGACCUCGCCAAGCGCCUCGCUCAGCUCCACCGCAUCGUCGCCAACGGCGAUCUCGCGAAGUCACCCGUCGCCCCCGGCUUGCUCUUCCACCCGCACGGCUACAUCACGGCGUCGAGGCAGGCCGUCGCACACGCCACCAAGACUUCGCUCGAGGAACUCAUGAUGCAGGUCAACCUCGCAGAGACCGGCGAGGAGCACUCGUUCGUCGUUGAAGGACUCGCUCUCGUCGGCGCGACUUGGGAGUCGUCGAAACUGGCGGUCAACGAUGGUUCCGCCGUUCGCCUCGAGGCUUCGUCCAUCUCGUGGAAGCCGAAGCAGGGCGGUUCUCGCUCGGUCCAGGCCGGCCACAAGAUGAUGUCGAUCCCCUGCUUCCUCGACUCGACCCGCGCGGACGUUCUCCUCAACGUCGAGGUCCCCGUCGAAACCGCCGACUCGACCAUGGUCAUCCAGCGCGCCGUCGCCCUCGUCGCCGUCCUAGACUGA